UUAUAGAUGACCCUGCUUUAUGAUUAUUUGGUCAGCGUUGGAAUUAUUUAAAGGAAACCUGAAGCUAAGAAAGGUCAAGAAAUCCAACUGGAUAAUUUAUUCAAUUCAAGUGAUCAUUACAGAGAACAUGUCUAAGAGAGAACAUGGUUUGUGCUUCCUUAAAUACUGCAGUUGGACAUCAUGGCUGCUUUACUGCUGUGUUUUCAUGAAUGUUGUAAAUGGAUACUCAGUAAAGAACUGUACUGUUAGAGGGUCUUUGAAAUAUGCACAAAACAUUAAUGUGCUUUGUGAUAAGAGGUCCCUGCAUUUCGUACCGGGGAAUAUACCGGACAAAGCCACAUAUUUGGACAUUUCUUACAAUGUCAUACAGAAGAUAAUCAAGGAGUAUUUCUCUCACCUGUCUAACCUUAGAAGUCUCAACGCACUACACAACAAGAUCCGGGAAGUGGAGGAAGGAGCGUUCAGCAGUUUGGUCGCUUUGCAAGAGUUAAAUCUGGCCAACAACAAACUGACAGAUAUCUUGGAAGGAAUGUUUCAGAAUCUGGGAAAUCUCUCUGUGCUACAUCUAAAUGAUAACUUGAUCACAAAUAUCAGCUUCUCUGCAUUUUCACCCCUGAUCAGUUUAAGUAAAGUAAAUCUGUCCAGAAAUCAUCUGAUGAAAUUAAGCCAAGUUCAGCCGCUCUUUUUAUUACCACAAUUAAAGGAAGUGCACAUCGGGAGUAAUGGCUUUACCUCUUUUCAGACAUCGGAGGUUUCCAACGUAUCUUUGACACUAAACGUCUUGGAUUUAUGUAAAAAUCCUUUGAAAGUGUUCAGAAUCACUUCAGAUAUUUUCCCUCACCUUGAUAAUCUGGAUUUGGCUUUUAUUAAUGAAAGCAUGACAUGGGAUGUGCAGGACAAAAGUUAUCUACAAAGUGUGCAACAUCUAAAUCUAAGUGGAAUACAAUUGCCCCUGGAGAAGAUCAAGGAUCUCCUACAAACCUUCAACUCUUCUUUGGCCAGCCUGAGGCUACACUUUCUGGGGGAUGUAAAAGUGAGAGCUUUGUUGAGGAACGUCUGUCUGAUUUCUUCUUUGAGAUUUCUGGGCUUGCAGAGGAACAACAUUACAUCCAUAUCAAAAGACGAGAUGCAAUUCUGCACACACUUAACUCAGCUUGAUCUCUCCAAUAACAGACUAUGCAGCAUCCCUGCUGUCAUCAGCAGCCUAUCAAGUCUAGAGUUUUUGGACCUCACCUUCAACAAUAUAAAGAACAUAAGUAGUGUUGAUUUUGCCAAAUUAACCCAAUUACGGACCCUUCAGAUUUACGGUAAUGAGAUAUCUAUUAUUGAGAAAUGUGCUUUUAAAGAUCUGAAAAACUUAACAACUGUAAUGAUUGGAUCUAACAGAUUGUCUUUCAAUGGAUAUUUUAAAAAUGAUCUUCAAAAACUUGAGAUUUUGGAUCUAUCAAAUAACAAGCUGGACUCUGUCCGUAGCGGAGAUCUUGACUCCUUAAAAUCACUGAAGAAUUUGUCUUUACCAGACAAUCAAAUAUUAUUUAUUGAAGAGGGUUCCUUCAGUGGACUAAAAAAUUUAAUUUUCUUGAAUCUGCAAUCAAACAAGCUCUCUCGGGUUUCAAUAAAAGCUUCCGUGUUCUCCGGAAUCCUAAACCUGAGAACACUUCUGUUGAACAAUAACUAUAUUUCAUUUGACAGUCAAGAGGCUCUUGCACAGCCACCAUUUAAAUAUCUGAGAAAGCUAAAGAUUCUGAACAUUUUUAGCCAAGGUCAUAAAGGAAUGGUUUACUUGCCCUCAAACCUUUUCAAGGGAAUGUGGUCUUUGGAAGAACUUCAAGCAGAAAAUCUUAAUAUAAAUUCUUUACAUCCAGACACAUUUACUUACACUCCUUAUCUGUGGGUACUGGAUCUCAGCAGAAAUGAUUUUACUUCACUCACAACAAAAAUAUUUCUGCCACUCCGGGUCCUCAAGACACUCCACCUGUCCAAAACUGGCUUGCAAUCUUUGGACUUUCUCAUUAACGCAAAUCUUAGUAAACUACACCUGUUGCACGUAAGCAAGAAUUCUCUAUCGGUCAUUAAUGAAACUGUGAUCCAGUCUUUUCCCACACUGAUUUACCUUGAUCUACGAGGAAAUUAUCUCUCAUGUGACUGUACCAAUGCCUGGUUCGUCAACUGGACCAUAAGUAGCAAUGACACAGAAGUCGAGAGUGCUUAUGACCUCACAUGCAAUUACCCAGACAAACUCAAAGGACAUAAACUCCUGGAUCUUGAUGUAGGUUCAUGUAAUGUGGAUGUUGGGUUUUUCUGUUUCCUUUCCACAACCACACUGGUCUUAGUAACCCUUCUUGGCUCUUUUCUUUUUCACUUCCUCAAAUGGCAGGUCAUUUAUGCUUACUACCUUCUCCUUGCUUUUAUUCAUGAUAACAAACAGCAGAGAAAGCCCAAAGGUUUGCAGUAUGAUUCUUUUAUUUCCUAUAAUGUUCAUGAUGAAUUGUGGGUAAUGAGGGAACUGUUACCUCAGCUGGAAGACGAACAAGGCUGGAAGUUGUGUUUGCAUCACAGAGACUUUGAACCAGGCAAACCUAUCAUGGAAAAUAUUGUUGAUGGGAUUUACAAUAGUCGCAAAACCAUCUGUGUGAUUAGUCGUCACUACCUGGAAAGUGAGUGGUGUUCCAGAGAGAUCCAAAUUGCUAGUUUCCGUCUUUUUGAUGAGAAAAAAGAUGUUCUCAUCCUGGUAUUCCUGGAGAAUAUUCCAAGUCAUCAACUGUCUCCGUACUACAGAAUGAAGAGACUAAUCCAGAAGAAGACGUAUCUCAGCUGGCCUAAACCAGGAGAGGACACCAGGGUCUUCUGGCAGAAACUGAGAGUAGCUCUGGAAACCAAAGGCACCCCAGAAAUGGAGCAUCCAUUGGCUGGGAUUUAGGGGUCAUCUUACUGUAUCUAACUGAAGAAAAUAUUCUGCAACUUUGUUGUUUAAUUACUUGUUUUUUUUAUGUAUACUCUUUUCUCUUUCUUUCCUAGAGCAUGAUUGAUUGUAAGUACUUCCUAUUUUACACAAAUACACAUUUAUUUCUGGUUAAUAUAUACAUAUUUCUUGCUUUCUUUAGUUUAUAUAGUUUUUCAUUAAUACAAAAACAGAACAAAAAUUUACAGAUAAUUUACUCACUUGUCAUCCAAGAUGUUCAUGUCUUUCUUUCUUCAAUCGAUAAGACAUUAUGAGGAAUUCUUGAGGAAAAAAAUUCAGGAAUUAUCUCCAUAUAAUGGACUUCAAUAUUUCCCCCAAGUUUGAUGCUCCAAAAUGCAGUUUAAAUGCAGCCUCAAAUGGCUUUAAAUGAUAAAGCCAAAGAAGAAGGGUCUUAUCUAGCAAAACGAUUUUCAUUUUUUUUGUAAUUUUUUAAACAAAUUGACAAUGUCUAUACUUUUUAACCUCAAAUGCUCAUCUUGUCUAAGUCUGUGUGAAUUCUGUUUUUUCCCGGUUCAAUAUGGUCAAUACAGUUAGGGUAUGUACAGCUCAUCCCCAACUUCAAAAUCGCCCUACAUCGCUGCAGAGGUACCGACCCAGUGUUUACAAAAUGAACAUGGAAAGAAGAUCAAAUGCCCUUUACAAAAAAGGUAAAACAGUGAUGUAGGAUGAUUUUGACGUUGAAGAACAAAAUGAGAUGGGAGUUUUUCGACAUACCCUGACUGUUUUGACCUAGAUUACACAGACUGCGCAUUGCAGAGAUGAGACAUGACUAGCAUUUCAGGUUAAAAAGUAUAUAAAUUGUCAAUUUGUUUCACUAGAUAAGACCCCUCUUCCUCAGCUGGAUCAUUUAGAGCCAUCUGAAGCUGCAUUUAAACUGCAUUUUGGAAGGGGACCAUUGAAUUCCACUAUAUGGAGAACAUUGCUGAAAUGUUUUCCUCAAGAAACAUAAUUUCUUAUCGACUGAGGAAAGGAAGACAUGAACAUCCUGGAUGACAAGUAGGUGAGUAAAUUAUCUGUAAAUUUUUGUUCUGGAAGUGAACUUCUCCUUUAAUGAGUGUUGACUUGUUUUUAGGCUGUAUACAAUCUGGGUCACUUCAAGUCAUAUGACUAAUGUAUUGUUAAAACUGUAUAUAUGGCAGAAGUCUUUGAUGCAGAAAAAGCAUGUUGAAUUACUCUACUGAAAAUAAAAACACUUUGCAUUAAAAUGUCUUACAUUAUUGGUGGCUGCAGUUUAACUUUGUUGAACAUUUAAGCACUACAUGGUGCAGUGUGUAAAUUUUAGUGCCAUCUAGCAGUGAGGUUGCAAAUUGCACAAGGAGAACCUUCGGUGGCUGACACAGAACAAAGAUGCCAUCAUCUGAGACAGCAGAGAGUAGGCGGUGAUAAAUUAAGGAAUUAUUUCCACUUAUUUAUUCAGUAAACUGAUGUGUAAUUGCAAAUAUUAUUGUUACUUGUUAAUCAUUGUGUCAGUAUUUCAUUCACAAGAACGACAUACUGAUGAAAUACGUCAGUUUGUCCAUUUAGGGCUACUUUAGAAACAUGGUGGCACAAAAUAGUGACUUCCAUGUAAGGGGACCCACAAUGUACAUUAUGUAAGGUCUUCAUACACUUCUGAAAACAUAGUUGUGUAUAUUAUAUUGCAUUUCUGUCAAUAGGUCCUCCUAAAUAUUAUACACUGCUCUUUGUAGCAGUUAAACAUUCCAUCAGUUUUGUUCUUA